AAAACAAUAGUAUUUUACGUAAUCCAAAAAUUGCAUGUAGGUCAACGUCGAUUUCUGUUACUGCGGAGUUGAACUUUGAGACAGAAAUCGUGCUCUUGGUGAAUAUUUAGCUAAAAUUUUGGGGUCAGUCAUCAACCCCGCACCUGCCGCGUUCCCACAGACACACCACGGCCCGUGUCGAACUGUAUCCGCCUCGCCAUGCACUGUCCCCGGGUGUGCAGAGCCGUGAGCGCCCUGAGCAGAGGAGCGUUAUGGAGGAGCCGAGUACAGAGCCAGUCCACCGCCUCCAGCCUGGAUCUGAGCGGGAUCUAUCCGCCAAUAGCGACUCCUUUCACGGCCAACGAGGACGUGGACUACCGUAGAUUAGAGGAGAACCUGCAAAAGUACCAGCAAAUCCCGUUCAAAGGUCUGGUGGUGCAGGGUAGUAAUGGAGAGUACCCUUACCUGACGGAGGAGGAGAGGGUGGAGGUAGUGAAGGUCGUCCGAAAGAACCUCCCCAGAAACAAGCUUCUGAUGGCAGGUUCCGGAUGUGAAUCCACCAGAGCCACUGUGCAGCUGACAGAGAAGAUGGUGUCUGCAGGAGCAGACUGCCUCCUGGUGGUGACUCCAUGUUUUUACAAAGGAAAAAUGGACACUGCCGCGCUCGUCCACCACUUCACCCAGGUGGCAGACCAGAGCCCAGUGCCUAUAGUUCUCUACAGUGUCCCAGCCAACACUGGGCUAGAGCUCCCCUUAGAGGCCGUGGUCACACUGGCACAGCACCCAAACAUUGUGGGACUGAAGGACAGCGGAGGAGAUAUCACAAGAAUCGCAUUGAUUGUUCACAAGACAUCCGCACAGAAGUUCCAGGUUCUUGCAGGGUCGGCUGGGUUCCUCAUGGCUGCGUAUUGCGUUGGUGCAGUGGGCGGAGUCUGUGCUCUGGCUAAUGUCCUGGGCCCUCAGGUGUGUGAGCUGCAUCACCUGUGUUUCAGUGGCAAAUGGGAUGAGGCCCGAGCUCUACAGCAAAGACUCAUCGAACCAAAUACAGCCGUGACCCGUGGCCUGGGUGUCCCUGGUCUGAAGACGGCAAUGGAGUGGUUUGGUUUCCAUGGAGGUGCCUGUCGCUCUCCUCUGCGGCCGCUCACAGACGCACAGACUCAGCAGCUCAAGAAAAACUUCUCAGACUUUCUUAUUUAGUACAAGAUCAAUUAUUGCAUUUUAUUCAAACCACACCAUGAAAUUUGCAGACUAACAAUGCAAAUGAUGAUUCAAUUAUUGAUUGAACUGAAA